AGACUUUUUGCCCUAAAAAAAUGAGAGCAAGAACAGAGCACAAAAAAUGAUCAGAUUUGUUCGCUAGCAGUUAGCACACAUGGCUGUCCUUCCCUGUUUUUCUGUAUUUCUCCAUUCCAUGUCCUCUCAAGUUCCACCCACAGUCCACUCCAGACGUUUACUUUCCUCGUUCUCCACUUUGAAACUCCUCCCAUUUUCAAUUUCAAGCUUUUCUUCAUGUUCGUCAAUGUCGCUGUGAGCGCGAAACUUUGAACACUUCCUUCAGCAGUAGCACAAGAAUCGCGGUUACUAUGGUAUUCAAAGGCAGGUUUUUCUCCUCCUCAAAGAAGUCUGAUUCUUCCAGUCCCGAUGGAUCCAGUCCCCGAUUCCUUGGUUCUAACUCGCCCAGUAGAUCCGACAAGAAGAAGAACAAAUCAGCCGCCAAAGAUGAACCCCAGAUUUCUAAUACCACUACUAGUAGCUUCAAAGGUACUGUUCUGAAAGAUUCUAGUAGGAGUAAGGAUUGGAAACGAAAAGAUGGUCAAGUUUUAUUGCCGACUGAGACGCCAUCGAAGUCCGAGGCAAUAUCUGGAUUGAGCUUAGGGCCGAAGGUUAAGAAGUCGAGUGAUGUGAAGGAUGUGGCCUCAUCGGUUUCGCCUAUUCUCGCAUCAUCCCUUGGAUUGAAUAGGAUAAAGACAAGAUCAGGCCCGUUGCCGCAGGAGAGCUUUUUGGGGUUUAAAGGUGAUAAGGGCUCAUUGGGUUCGAGUAAUCUUUCCAGGAACUGUGGCAAUGGAAGCUCAGGCUCGAAUUCUGGUUCGACAUGGUCGGCUUCUUCUAGUGGAGGGAAGAGAGAGGCGGCGAGCCAGAAGAGAUUGGGGUUUCAGGACAAUGUUAAAAGCUAUAUUCACAAUGCUAGCAAUCCCGACAAUAUGGCAACUGGUAAUGCAGCAUCUACUGAAAGGAGUCCAAAUUUGUUAGGACAGCCUCGGUUGCAGAAUGUCGAAUCAUCCAAUGAAGCUGGUAUUGUUUGCUGGUCUCUAAUUUUGAAAAGCCUGUCGAUAUCUUCUUCUUAUGAUUGCGAAAAUCCAAAAGAGUCUGAAUCUCCACGCUUUCAAGCUAUACUUCGAGUCACAAGUGCUCCUCGAAGGAAGUAUCCUGCGGAUAUCAAAAGUUUUUCCCAUGAACUAAAUUCAAAAGGUGUACGACCUUUCCCACUCUGGAAGUCACGUCGUUUAAAUAAUUUGGAGGAGAUCUUAGUUAUGAUACGAGGAAAAUUUGACAAGGCAAAGGAAGAAGUAAAUUCUGAUUUGGCCAUUUUUGCUGCUGAUCUGGUUGGAAUUCUUGAAAAAAAUGUUGAUACUCAUCCAGAGUGGCAAGAGACCAUUGAAGACUUGUUGGUUUUAGCUCGAAGCUGUGCCAUGUCAUCUCCUGGUGAAUUUUGGCUUCAGUGUGAAGGCAUUGUUCAGGAAUUGGAUGAUAGACGCCAAGAACUUCCUCCAGGCAUGCUGAAACAACUUCAUACUCGAAUGCUGUUCAUUCUCACUAGAUGUACCAGGCUACUACAGUUCCAUAAAGAAAGUGGCUUAGCAGAAGAUGAAAAUGUUUUUCAGCUUCGUCAAUCACGAAAUCUGCAUUCUGCCGAUAAACGUAUUCCUCCAGCUAUGGGAAGGGAAAUGAAAAGUUCUAAUGCAGCCAAGGCUUCUAAGGCAGCUUCAUCCAGGAAAUCUUACAGCCAGGAGCAGCAUGGCUUGAACUGGAGCAGAGAACACGACAUGCUGCCUAGGAAUAAUGUCUCUGCAUCUUCUGAUGAUACUUCAAAGAAGUUGGAAUCUCCUACUGGCAGAGACCGGAUGGCUUCUUGGAAAAAAUUGCCUUCUCCGGCAGCCAAAAGUGUGAAAGAACCUACUUUGAAGGAUAAAGGUGAUAAUAAGAGUUUUAAAUCUUUGAAUGUGCCAAAAAUCAGGACUGAUGUUUCUGAAACUGUUUUUGCUGCUGCAAAUGAGCUUCCUCUGCCAAGAGAUUCUCAUGACCAGCCUCCCAAGCACCAACAUAAACCUUCUUGGGGUUGGGGUGAUCAACCAUCUGUAUCUGAUGAGAGUUCAAUCAUUUGUCGCAUUUGCGAAGAAGAGAUUCCUACUGCAAAUGUGGAAGACCAUUCAAGAAUUUGUGCAGUUGCUGAUCGAUGUGAUCAAAAGGGUAUAAGUGUUAAUGAACGUCUACUCAGAAUUGCUGAAACUCUAGAGAAGAUGAUCGAGUCCUUUUCGCAAAAAGAUUCUCAACAUGUAGGAAGUCCAGAUGUUGCAAAAGUUUCAAAUUCUAGUAUGACUGAAGAAUCUGAUAUUUCCCCGAAACAUAGUGAUUGGUCCCGCAGGGGCUCAGAAGACAUGCUCGAUUGCUUCCAUGAAACUGAAAAUUCUGUUUUCAUGGAUGACUUGAAAGGUUUACCUUCCAUGUCUUGUAAAACUCGUUUUGGUCCAAAGUCUGAUCAGGGUAUGACAACAUCAUCUGCUGGUAGCAUGACUCCUAGAUCUCCUUUAUUAACACCAAGAACCAGUCCGUUUGACUUGUUUUUGGCCGGGAAAGGAGCUUACUAUGAACACGAUGAUCUUACACAGAUCAGUGAUCUUGCAGAUAUUGCACGCUGUUCAGCAAAUGCACCUCUGGGUGAUGAUUGCUCGAUGCAAUAUCUGUUGACGUGCCUUGAAGACUUGAGAGUUGUCAUUAACCGCAGGAAGUUUAAUGCACUGACAGUUGAAACUUUUGGCACUCGCAUUGAGAAGUUAAUACGGGAGAAGUAUUUGCAGCUUUGUGAGCUGGUGGGUGAUGAAAAGAUUGACAUAGCGAGCACUGUUAUUGAUGAAGAUACUCCUCUAGAUGAUGACGUUGUUCGUAGCUUAAGAACAAGUCCCAUCCAUUCUUCAAAGGACCGUACAUCAAUUGAUGACUUUGAGAUUAUAAAACCUAUCAGCCGUGGGGCAUUUGGCCGGGUUUUCCUGGCUAAAAAGAGGACAACGGGGGACCUUUUCGCAAUAAAGGUUUUGAAGAAAGCUGAUAUGAUUCGAAAAAAUGCUGUUGAAAGUAUUCUGGCAGAACGUGAUAUUUUAAUAUCUGUGCGCAACCCUUUUGUGGUUCGCUUCUUCUACUCCUUUACUUGUCGUGAAAAUUUAUAUCUCGUGAUGGAGUAUUUGAAUGGAGGAGAUCUUUACUCCUUGUUGAGAAAUUUAGGCUGCUUAGAUGAAGAGGUUGCUCGUGUAUAUAUUGCAGAAGUGGUUCUUGCUUUGGAGUAUUUGCAUUCACUCGGGGUAGUUCAUCGUGACUUAAAGCCAGAUAAUUUAUUAAUAGCACAUGAUGGUCAUAUUAAGCUGACAGAUUUUGGGCUUUCCAAAGUUGGUCUUAUCAACAGUACUGAUGAUUUGUCUGGACCAGUUGUUAGCGGUAUCACUCUUCAUGGGUAUGAUGAGCCUACAAUGUCUGCUUCUGAGCAUCAACAAGAAAGACGAAAGAAGCGUUCUGCUGUUGGCACACCAGACUAUUUGGCACCAGAGAUACUAUUGGGAACUGGACAUGGUGCCACAGCUGAUUGGUGGUCUGUCGGGAUCAUUUUAUUUGAGCUAAUUGUUGGAAUUCCACCCUUUAAUGCAGAGCAUCCCCAGACUAUAUUUGAUAACAUUCUCAACCGUAAGAUCCCGUGGCCUCAAAUACCUGAAGAGAUGAGCCACGAUGCUCAAGAUUUAAUUGAUCGAUUAUUGACUGAAGAUCCUCACCAGCGACUUGGAGCUAUAGGCGCACAUGAGGUGAAGCAGCAUAUGUUCUUUAAAGAUAUUAACUGGGACACGCUUGCCCGACAAAAGGCUGCAUUUGUUCCAACAUCUGAAAGUGCUCUUGAUACUAGUUACUUUACAAGUCGCUACUCAUGGAAUCAUUCAGAUGAUCAUGGCUAUCCACCCAGUGAACUUGAGGAUUCAAGUGAUGCUGAUAGCUUAAGUGGUAACAGUAGUGUGAGCAAUCGUCAAGAUGAAGUGGUUGAUGAAUGUGGGGGCCUUACAGAUUUUGAGCCUGGUUCUUCUGUCAAUUACUCAUUCAGUAAUUUCUCUUUCAAGAAUCUCUCCCAGCUUGCAUCCAUCAACUAUGACCUGCUUUCUAAGGGUUUGAAGGAUGAUCCUCCUGAUCACGAUGCAUAACUGUGUUAAUCCUCGCACGUCUGCCAAAUGCUUUCUGGCUAUUGGUUCGAUGUUCUUCCCUGUUUUGUAUCUGCAAUGUUCUGUACAUAGACAGAAAAGUUUUAGAAGCUAAAGCUGGUUUGUGAUGCUCUCUUUCAAAUUACAGACGCCAUCUUCAAACCAGGUGGCUUUCGACCUUCGUUUUCCUGUUCACUGUGUUUCUCUUCCUUCUCUCCACCCUCAAAUGAGUUCAGAACUUGAAAAAUUCCAUUGCUUAAAUGGUUCCCUUAACGUGUAUACCUGUUUUCUUAGACAAUCCAUACAUUUAUGUAUUCAUAAUAUAUAUUAUAUAUCAAGGAGAAGCAUCAUUGUGUACA